AUGACUCACAUAAUGUGCCGACCGCACCUAGGUGGUAAGUGCCGUGGUCAGCUCGUGAUAAGACUGACCGUCACCGCGCGUCACAAGCGCGGGCGCAAAAGCCUCAGUCUCGUGCCAUCGUGCGAGCCCGCCAGCCGCCAUUAUGGAUUGUGCGAUUUGCGCGCGAAAAUAAUCGAUACUUCGGAUCGGACAGAACAGAAGAUGAGCUGUGGCAGGAUCCUCGCGGUGCUGCGCCGCUGCAAGCGUCUCGAGGACGACAGCACCACCGAGCUGUCCAGGUGCUUAGGCCUGCUGGACCUCACAGCGCUGGGCGUGGGCAGCACCCUCGGCCUGGGGGUGUACGUGCUGGCCGGCGCCGUGGCGAAGACGGUCGCCGGGCCAGCGGUCACCCUCAGCUUCCUCGUAGCCGCCAUUGCUUCCGCCUUCGCCGGGCUGUGCUACGCGGAGUUCGCGGCCCGGGUGCCGAAGGCGGGCUCUGCGUACGUCUACAGCUACGUGAGCGUCGGCGAGUUCAUCGCGUUCACCAUCGGCUGGAACCUGAUCCUCGAGUACGUGAUCGGCACCGCGAGCGUCGCCAAGGGCAUGGCCAACUACAUCGACAGCCUCUGCAACAACACCAUGGCCACCACCAUGACCGCCGUAGCGCCCAUCAACGUCUCCUUCCUCGCCGACUACCCGGACCUGUUCGCCUUCGUCCUGGUGCUUUUGAUUACCGUUCUACUCGCUAUUGGCGUUAGUGAGUCCACCAAGCUAAACAACGUCUUUACGGCCCUCAACAUGAUCACCGUCGUGGUGGUGGUGAUUGCCGGCGCGAUCAAAAGCGACCCGGCGAACUGGCGCAUCGACGUGGCCUCGCUGCCGGAGGGCGAGCGCGCGGCCGCCGGCGGCGGAGGGUUCAUGCCGUGGGGCGUGGCGGGCGUGAUGGCCGGCGCCGCCAAGUGCUUCUUCGGCUUCGUGGGCUUCGACUGCGUGGCCACCACGGGCGAGGAGGCGCGCAACCCGAAGCGGGACAUCCCGCUCUCCAUCGUCCUCUCGCUGGCGGUCAUCUUCGCCUCCUACUUCAGCAUCGCGACCGUGCUCACGAUGAUGUGGCCCUACUACCUGCAGGACGCGGACGCGCCCUUCCCCUACGUGUUCACGCAGGUGGGCAUGCCGGCGGUGCGCUGGCUGGUGACGGUGGGCGCGGUGUGCGCGCUGUGCACCAGCCUGCUGGGCGCCAUGUUCCCGCUGCCGCGCGUGCUGUACGCGAUGGCCUCCGACGGCGUGCUCUUCCGCCCGCUGGCCACGGUGGCCGCGCGCACCAAGACGCCGCUCCUCGCCACGGCCCUCAGCGGACUGCUCUCGGCAACCAUGGCGGCCAUCUUCAACCUGAAUCAACUCAUAGACAUGAUGUCGAUAGGAACGCUCCUCGCCUACACUAUUGUCGCAACUAGUGUGCUGAUUCUAAGAUACGAAGAGGAGGAGCACCCCCAGCUGCAGAAGAGCCAGCCGCUGCCGGAGACGGCGUACAGCGUGGCGCGGCAGAGCUUCAACCUGCUGGGCCUCAAGGAGCCCACGCAGCUCUCCGCCAACAUCGUCAAGUGCGCCAUCGCGGUGCUGUUCGUGGCGGCGCUGGCGACUUGCUCGCUGCUGCGGUGGGGGGCGGGCGGGGCGCGGGGCGCGGCGCUGGCGCUGCUCGGCGCGGCCCUCCUCGCGCUGCUGCUGGUGCUCUGCCGCCAGCCGAGGCGGGACGUGGCACACCUCACCUUCAAGGUCCCGUUGGUGCCGUUAUUGCCUUACCUGAGCGUCUGCAUGAACGUCUACCUCAUGGUGCAGCUCGACUACCAGACGUGGGUGCGGUUCAUCAUCUGGCUAAUCAUCGGUUACCUUAUCUACUUCCUCUACGGAGUGAGGAACAGUUCGCUGAGGGAGAAAUCUAUACCACCGACUUCGAACGGUGUGGAAGAGAAGCAUAUUGUCACGAAAUUC